GGCUGGUCAUUCGCAGACGCUCCCUUGGCUUCACCGAGUUGGUUUGUUGUGGUGCCACGGUGUGCUUUAUUUUACAGCCCGGCGAGGCAGACCGGGCAACGCGCGAGAGGCGUAGCCGGCGGAGGUGCAGCUGGCCUGGAAAGGGCGCUGCUCGCCCGACCCGCCCCCCCCAAAAAAGCCCGCAAAAAAAGUGUCCCGUCGCGCAGGCAGCAAUUGGAAGAGGGUCCCUCGGUAGCCGCGGUCGGAUGGUGGAGCGAAGCCCCGAGAUCUGAGCUGUGCUCCUGCAGGUCAGGGCCCUCAAGACAUUACUGCUGUUUAAAGACAAGAGUCUGCUCUGACACUGCUUGUGGGAACUUUACUGAAGCCUGCUGAGCCAGGGACAUAAAGGAAACCUUUUGCUAAUCAAGACCCAGGCAUCCCUCCUUCAUCCCCUGCUAUUCUCAAUAGCAUGUGUUCAGGACUGACCCACUGAUCCUCGUCAGACUGAUUACUAUACAAUGGGAAGAGUCGACCCUAGUGUCUGGAACAAAGCCUGAAUCGUGGGAUGACCCUUGUUGGAUGAAAUGCCAUUAAAGCGAGCACAGAGAUUUCUGGGGAUGUUGAUUCCAAAUCCUGAAGUACUGAUAGUAAAGAGGAUCUCUCCUAAUCUCCACCUUCAGUUCUUCAAAUAUUGAUGGGGUAUUUUAGCAGAACUCCCUCUGAUUUACAGAUGGACAACAUGAUCAUGGCCACAUCUUCACCAGAAGAUACGAGUUCCGUCUCUCUGAAUGUUCUCACGUAUCUGGAUACUCUGACCAACAGUACAGAGGAGCAAUGCUUCAGCGCCCGUUCCCACAGCACUGUUUUGCAAGGGCUGCCGUUUGGCGGUGUGCCCACUGUACUUGCUCUCAACUUCCUCCUUUGGAUGGUACUUCUCUUCAUCUUUUCCUGCCUUCGGAAAGCAGCUUGGGAUUAUGGGCGCCUUGCCUUGCUGAUGGAUAAUGACAGCCGUUUGCCUCCAAGCACAUGGGACUCCUACAACCUGACAUCCCUCUUCUAUGGAGAACAAAGUGAAAAAGAGAAGUCUCCUUCUGAGAGCAGCCCCUUGGAGGCUGACAACAAAGAUGUGGGAUUCUGCUCCUGGCUUCUUUCAAUUUACCAGAUGAAAGAUGAAGAAAUUCAAAGCAAGUGUGGAAUUGAUGCCACAACCUACCUCUCUUUCCAGCGGCAUCUGUUGGUGUUACUCUUGAUUGUCUGUGUGCUGUCUGUAGCUGUCAUCCUUCCCGUCAACUUCUCUGGUGAUCUCCUCGGAAAAAAUCCAGCUAAUUUUGGCCGAACCACAAUUGCAAAUGUUCCCAAAGAUGACCGUCUCUUGUGGCUACAUAGUAUCUUUGCUCUCCUCUAUUUCAUCAUCACUGUUCUCUGCAUGACUCAUCAUUCCAUCCAAUUAGAGUAUAAGGAAAAUGAAAAGCUGGCCCGGACAUUGAUGGUUACCAAGAUUCCCAAAGAGAUCACAGAUACAUCUCUUGUUAUCAAACACUUCCAUGAGGCUUAUCCAAGCUGCACAGUGACCGGUGUCCAAUUUUGCUCUGAUGUCCGCAGAUUGAUGAAGCUGGAUUCAGAGAGGCGCAAGGCAAUGAAAGGAAGGCUUUACUUCACAACAAAGGCCCAAAAGGAGGGGAAGAUUAUGAUCAAAAUCCAUCCUUGUUCUCGAAUUUUCUGCUGCCGUAUUUGUGGCUUUGAAGAGGUGGAUGCUGAGCAGUACUAUGGGGAGCUAGAAGAAAAACUGACAGAUGAGUUUAAUGCUGAACGCAGCCGGAUUGCUCUCAAGCGCCUGGACAUGGCCUUUGUCACAUUCCAGGAUGAAAGAAUGACAGCCACGAUUUUGAAGGAUUACAGCCGCAUCCACUGCCGCAAGCACCCACAACAGUCAUCUGUUACUACAGUGGUGAAAUCCCAUUGCUGGGGUGUCAGCUAUGCCCCUGCACCCAAUGACAUCAUCUGGGAGAAUUUAUCUAUUGGCGGUGCUUUGUGGUGGGUGAAAUUUGUCCUGCUCAACAUCUGCCUUUUCAUCCUCCUCUUCUUCCUCACUACUCCAGCCAUCAUUGUGAACACCAUGGACAUGUUCAACGUUACACGGCCUGUGGAGACCCUCGAGAACCCUAUUGUGACUCAAUUCUUCCCCACUCUGCUGCUGUGGGCUUUUUCUGUGUUCCUGCCUUUCAUUGUGUACUACUCAGCUUUCUUUGAGUCACAUUGGACAAGGUCAAGUGAAAAUCAGAUCACAAUGCACAAGUGUUAUUUCUUUCUGGUAUUUAUGGUUAUCAUCUUGCCUUCACUUGGACUGACCAGUUUGGAUCUGUUUUUUCGCUGGCUAUUUGACACUCACUUUGUGGAUCAAGCAGAGAUAAAAUUUCAGUGUGUUUUUCUCCCCGAUAAUGGAGCUUUCUUUGUCAACUAUAUUGUCACUUCCAGCCUGAUUGGGACAGCCAUGGAACUGUUGCGAAUCCCUGGGCUCAUUGUCUAUGCCACACGGCUCUGCUUUGCCAAAUCUGAACCUGAGCGGCUCCAUAUCAAGCGGAAUCAAGCCUACGAGUUCCAGUUUGGACUGGAGUAUGCCUGGACUUGCUGCAUAUUUGCUGUGGUUAUGACAUAUAGUAUCACCUGCCCCAUUAUUGUCCCCUUUGGUUUGCUGUACAUGCUACUGAAGCACAUGGUUGACCGCUACAAUAUUUACUACGUCUAUAUCCCAACCAGACUGAACCACCGCAUCCAUUUGGCAGCAGUAAACCAGGUGGUGACAGCACCCAUUCUCUGCAUGUUUUGGCUGCUCUUCUUCUCCAUUUUGCGUCUGGGUUCUGUUCGUCCCAUUACCAUUUUCACCUGUGUGGUUCUUCUCUCCUGCAUUCCUUUUUCCUUUUUCGGUCUGUGCCUGAAGAAGUUUCAUCCAAGGAAACCUUCCAGCUAUCAGAUGUCAGAGCAGUCCGAUGGGGCUUUCAAUGAUACAGAAACAAGUAGCAUCUCUUCCACACCCAAUUCAAAUAUGUUUGUGGCCACUGUGCUUCAAGAGCCAGAGUUAAGUCUUACGCCAGCAGCUUCCCCAGCUCAUCAGUCUUACGGCACGAUGGGCAGCCACCUGGACCAAGCAGAGAACAUAGAGGAAGGUGGGCUGCCAAGUUUUGAAGCAGAACUGGAAAACACAGAAGGCAAAUAUAGAACCAGACCCUUGCUGGACACCCAAACUCACUAUCAUUGAUUUCAUCCUGCCAAACCAAAGACGGGUGGACAGAAGUGUUGAAUCUUCAGAAUGCUGGAAAGAAGCAUCAAAACCCAACAUCUAGAUUUCCCCGAGCUGCUAUACCAGAUUGGGGAAAAGAUCUGAAGUUGUAAUUUGGAUCAGAGCCAGUCAGGCAGAUGGAUGAGGGGCCUUUUUAAGUCCUGACAUCUCUGGUCAUGCUGUUAGAAUGACGGAUAUAAAACAUUGAGAUGUUGAGCUCAGAUACAGAACAUUGAGAUGUUCUGAAGAGAUAGUGUUAUUUCUAUCCUAUACACCAGCUGCUUAGCAGCAUGUUCUUUAUGUUACCUCUGUUCUGCUCCAGGUUGACAAACUGCCGUUGCUUGGCUCUUUCUGUGUCUUCUGGGUAAAUCUUCUGAAUACUCAGUUGUUCCAUAUUCUCUUCCUCCCUCUCCCCCUAUUUUGCUUUUUAAAAAGAAAUAUUUUGGCCAUAUGAAAAUAUUUCUCUAGCUUGAGCAGUCUUCUCAUGGCAGCAAAAAGAAAGGACUAUUUUGAUUUGAUCAAUGCAUUGGCCACAAUAGCUGCGGUCCUUUCUAUAAACCAUUAGUGAAAGGGGUAAAGACAUAGGGAAAGUUGAGCAUCCUUGGAUGUAUAUUCACAAUCACUGCAAGUCUCAGUAUGUUGCCAGCCGUAGACCCAAAGUCCUAUAUUUCCUGAUAAUGCUUCUGCUGCUUUUGUUACUGCUUUUGUCCAAAUCCAUUGCCAAAGACUUCCCGAGCUAGUUCGGUUGAAGUGACGAGCCUAACUUGUCUCUGUUUUUCUAGUUGCUGGCUUGGCAAGCAGAAGAAUGCUAUGCUCAAAUUUGGCAUUAUUUUGGAUCAGAUGAGGUGGAAACUUCCCCAUUCCUGGUUUGACAGCAGAUUGCAAUAUGGGAGAAGGGGGAAGCAGGUUUCUAAUGCUAAUAGGUAGAGCUGUGUGUAUAAAAAUCUGGCCCAGUUUCCUAUAUAAAACAGGGACAGAAAAAGGUUGAUCAUCAGACAACUUAAGGAAAGGUGAAAGGUUUAGCUUAUAUCAACCACAUAUUUUUUCUUUUAAUAAGGAAAGUAUUUGCACAAUUGAAGAAGAACCAGAUUUAAACACAAGAGUGUUCCCUAAUCACAUCUAGGGUGACAUUAAGAUGAUUGUAAAAACUGGAGUGAAAUGGCAGGCAGACGUGAAAUCUCUGUCCUUAAACAACACAUUGUCCUUUUUUCCACCAGCAUGUUUGAGGUUGCCAGUCAUCAGCUGGCAUGAUGUCACAUGCCUAAAUUUGGAAAGUCCCAAAGAAGACAACCAAAUAAUACAUAUGCUUUUCAGAAUUGCUUUCUAUUAGACAUGUGCAUGGGAAUGAUUCAGUUUUGUUUCAAAGCCACCACUAUAAUACAACUCUUCUUCUAGUUAAACUGCAUUCAAACAUUAACCAGCUAGAUCGUGGUCAAGAAUUUGUGUACCUUUCCUCCAGCAGAGGAAAUGUAAUCCCAGAAAGCAUCAUCGAAGGUGAGGACACUGGAAGCUGGAGACACACAGGUUCUUCAAUCUGCAUUAGGCAACUGUUUCUCACAGAACCUUCUGCUAGUUCCUGGGUCUAAUGCAUUGUGCACUUUUCUCUUGAACUGUGUUGUUAGACCUACAAUGGACCAGUCUGCAAAUUUCUGAGAGAUGAGUAAUGCUAUUAAAGAAUAAGUAAGAGGGAGAAUUCAUAGGUGAUUUGCAGAAAAUCACCACUCUCUUUUUUCACAGGAUUUUUAUGCUUUGAAUAAUUAUCAAUCCUGUAAGUAAUAAGCAAGUGAAAUGUUCCGAACUUAAUGUUUGUUAUAAA